UGCUUUCCCAACAGUCGACCACAUAUCGCUCCACUUCACCUACCAGGAAGUGUCAAGAGCCGCGCAUCUCGUCUCCCUCCUCGGCUUGUCAACUCUCGCCGAAACAUCGCCAUUGUCGCAUUAUUAUAAACGACCCCAUAUCCAAUAUCUUCAAAAUGUCUUUCAUGGGAGGAGCCGAGUGCUCGACGGCGGGCAACCCGCUCAGCCAGUUCACCAAACACGUUGGAGACGACAAGAGCCUCCAACAUGACAGACUUGUCAACAGAGGCCCCAAUGCUGCAGUUGGUGGCUUCCGGAGUACCAACCGCGGCCCUGGGCAAGAUGAGAUGGUGAACGGAUUCCUAAACCAAACGCCCGAGAUGGCUCAUAUGCCGCUCGAACAAGGACACAUGCUCCACCUCGACCCGAACCAAGGCGUCCACAUGCGCGCCCAGAACGCCUCGCCAGUAUGGGCUAAUGACUUCCACAACGCACAGGCGGCUAUGGAAGCCGCCUUCAAUGCGCCGCCCGGCACUCAGUUCAGCGCCGAUGAGUUCUCAAAGUUCCAGCAGAUGCACCCGGCGGCGGCGCCGGCCACCGCCAGUCAGAUGUCUGCUCAGCGCCCCAUGAUGGGUGGUGGCAUGAUGGGUAUGGGCAACAUGAACUACAACAUGAUGCAGCGGCCCAUGUAUCAGCCCAUGGUCGGCAUGCACGGCCCUCAGAUGCACAACAUCCCCCAGCAACAACUACAGCCCGAGGGCAAGGGCAAGGGCAAGGUUGUUGAGCUCGACCAGAACAAGUGGGAGGAGCAUUUUGCUCAGUUGGAGAUUAAUGGUGACGAGGCCCGUGCUAUGGAGCCCGAGCUCAACAAGAUGGACGAGGCGCUACUUCACUCCGAGACCGGUGCCGGCGAUCUUGAAUCCAUCUGGCGCGGUAUCCAGGCCGAAAGAGACGCUAUGAAGGAGUUGGACGAGAUCGAUGUCCAGGACGACUUCGCCAAGUUCGACAGUGAGAACCUGGAAAAGGAAGACUGGACGCUGAACGGCAGGCUCGGCGCGGACCCUAUCGUGCAAGAGUACCUCUUCGAGGAAGAUAACUUCUUCCGGGAGACACCAAACCCAUUCGAAGAGGGUAUUCGCAUCAUGAAUGAGGGUGGAAACCUGUCGCUAGCUGCUCUGGCCUUCGAGGCCGCGGUUCAGAAGAACCCCGACCACACCGAGGCGUGGGUCUACCUCGGACAGGCUCAAGCCCAGAACGAGAAGGAAGAAGCCGCCAUCCGUGCUCUCGAGCGCGCCAUGAAGCUCGACCCCAACAACCUCUCCGCCAUGAUGGGCCUGGCCGUCUCCUACACCAACGAGGGCUACGACAGCACCGCCUACCGCACGCUCGAGCGCUGGCUGUCGACCAAGUACCCCAGCGUCAUCUCGCCCCAGAACCUCUCCUCGGCCGCCGACAUGGGCUUCACCGACCGCGCCCAGCUGCACGAGCGCGUCACCAACCUCUUCCUCGAGGCGGCUCGCCUCGCUCCCGAUGGCGACCAUAUGGAUCCCGAUGUGCAGGUCGGCCUGGGCGUCCUGUUCUACGGCGCCGAGGACUACGACAAGGCGGUCGACUGCUUCCAGUCCGCCCUGCACUCCACCGAGCUCGGCACCUCCAACCAGCGCGAGCAGAUCCACCUGCUCUGGAACCGGCUGGGCGCCACCCUCGCCAACAGCGGCCGCUCCGAGGAGGCCAUCGCCGCCUACGAAAAGGCCCUCGCCAUCCACCCCAACUUUGUCCGCGCCCGCUACAACCUCGGCGUCUCGUGCAUCAACAUCGGCUGCCACGACGAGGCCGCCGGCCACCUGCUCGCGGCGCUGGACAUGCACAAGUCCGUCGAGAAGAGCGGGCGCGAGAAGGCGCGCGAGCUGUUGGGCGGCAAUGCGGGCGAUAGCGACUCGCGCAUCGAUAACAUGAUGACGCAGAACAGGAGCACGACCCUCUAUGAUACCCUUCGUCGCGUGUUCACCCAGAUGGGACGGAGGGAUCUGGCGGAGAAGGUUACCACGGGCGUGGAUCCGGAGAUCUUCCGUGGUGAGUUUGACUUCUAGAGGGAGAGGGAGUUAGAGUUAGAGAUGGAAGCGCAGGAGGUGCAGGAGUUGAGGUGGGUAUACUAUGCUGGGGAGGAUGUUUAUUAUGAU